AUGAGGUCACGGAGGGAAACCCCGGCGGGGAGUCUCGGCCCCCACAGCGGCGGCCGUUGGAGGUGCCUGCGGCAGCUGAUGUGGCCUCAUGGAUGAGCUGGUACAUGACUUAGCCUCAGCCUUGGAGCAGACAUCUGAACAGAAUAAGCUUGGUGAGCUGUGGGAAGAGAUGGCUUUGAGUCCGCGGCAGCAGAGGCGGCAGCUUAGAAAACGGAGAGGCCGGAAGCGCCGUUCAGACUUCACUCACCUGGCAGAGCAUACCUGCUGCUACAGUGAGGCCUCUGAGUCCAGUCUGGAUGAGACCAUUAAGGACUGUCGAGAAAUGGUCCCUGUCACCAAUUUCAGUGACUCUGAUGACACAGUGGUAGCCAAACGGCACCCAGCUCUCAACACCAUUGUUAGGAGUAAGCAACAUUCUUGGCAUGAAUCUGACUCCUUUACUGAAAAUGCACCUUGUCGACCACUCAGGCGCAGGCGGAAGGUGAAGCGAGUGACAUCAGAGGUGGCUGCCAGCCUUCAGCAGAAGCUCAAGGUGUCAGAUUGGAGCUAUGAGAGAGGGUGUAGGUUCAAGUCUGCUAAGAAGCAGCGUCUGUCACGCUGGAAGGAGAAUACUCCCUGGACCUCGUCAGGCCAUGGAUUGUGUGAAUCAGCAGAAAAUAGGACUUUUCUAAGCAAAACAGGAAGGAAAGAAAGGAUGGAGUGUGAAGCAGAUGAACAAAAACAGGGCUCUGAUGAGAACAUGUCAGAAUGUGAAACCAGCAGUGUGUGUAGCAGCAGUGACACAGGGCUCUUCACCAACGAUGAAGGACGGCAAGGGGAUGAUGAACAGAGUGAUUGGUUCUAUGAAGGAGAAUGUGUCCCAGGAUUCACUGUCCCUAAUCUUCUGCCCAAGUGGGCUCCUGAUCAUUGCUCUGAAGUAGAAAGAAUGGAUUCUGGACUGGAUAAACUUUCAGAUUCCACAUUCCUUUUACCUUCUCGGCCAGCUCAAAGAGGGUACCAUGCUCGGCUGAAUCGUCUGCCUGGAGCUGCAGCUCGAUGUCUCAGAAAGGGGCGAAGAAGGCUUGUUGGGAAGGAGACCAGCAUAAGUACUUUGGGUACUGAGAGGCUAGGCCACAUCAUUAGUGACUCUCGGCAGAAAGAAAAGAAAAAAGUGUUGGCUUCUGAUUUUCCUCACAUUUCUGCUUGUGCACAUGAGUUGAAUCCCCUUUCUCCCCUCUAUUCCCUGGAUGUUCUUGCUGAUGCUUCUCACCGAAGGUGUUCACCAGCACACUGCUCUGCCAGACAGGCAAGCAUACACUUGGGGCCCCCAUGCUCACUUGACAUCAAGAGGAAACGGAAGCCUGUGGCCACAGCAUCUCUGUCUAGCCCAAAUGCAGCAAUCUCACCUGUUCAUGUGGAUGUGAUGGAGCCAACCACACCGGCAUCACAGGCCUCCAAGUCUCCAAACGCUGAGUGGUUGGUCAGGACCUCUGUCACAGAGAAAGCCACUGAUUCACCUGAAGCUACGUUUUUUAAAAUGCCACAAGAAAAGAGCCCUGGAUGCAGCUAGAGAACAGUAGCUCACCCACCAGGAGCCAACGGGGUGUCGUGAAACAAAUAUUAGAUUUUGUAUUAUAUAGUCUUGCAUAUCUUAAUUGAGAUUCCCAGUCUGUUUAUCACCAGGACAGGCUCCUUCUUUUUCAAAGCAGUGGACUCUUUCUCCUAGAAAAUCAUAUUGUGAAAAUCUGUGUUUUUGUUUUUAAAGAAGUGAAGUAUGGGGCAGCAGUUUUUUUUUAAAAAGGUCAUCCUAUGCUAUAUUUGUUACAUUGCUAUUGCUGUCUCAGCAGUUACCUGCAGCUCCGUUCACAGAGCUGUUGCUUUUUUGCAGGUGUGUCUUUUUUCUUGAAAAACUAGUAACUGCUUUUGCAUACUUUUUGUGUAGAGCUUUUAAUAUCAUUUGAGGAAGUUCCAAAUCUGCAGUCAAUUCCAGGCAAAUUGAAGCGCUGAGUUAAGACCUGUGUGUGGAAUUGUGUUUGCAGAAGGUAAGGCUUGCCUUUCAGCCUGGCCUUGAUUCACUCAGAGUGCCAAUAAGAUCAAUCCACCGGGGUCUCAAUUUGGAGCCCCAGAAGUGACACCAGCAGCAUGGGACUUGGGAACUUCUUGCAGUAUUCUAGAUGGCCUCAUGGGAUCACCAGCAGCUGCGUUGUACUUUGCCUCAUCUCCAGAGUUCGUGUUCUACCGAAAGAGGACAUUUUACACACACACACACACACACACACACACACACACAGAUUGGUGUAACAAAGAAGAUGGUUUAACUGUACAGCAGACUUAGAGUAGUCAGUGGAUUGUAUCUUAAUACUUCAUGUUGCAGUGUAAGCCUUUAUAUACUAAACGGGAUUUUAUUGUUAGUUUACAGGUCAAUAACCUGCAGCAGAUAUUUAUCCUCUAUUAUAAUAAUGGCUUCUUGGGGUUGUACUUUGGGGAGGAAAAAUGUCUUUUGACAUGCCUUUGUACUUGGUGUGUUUAUGACAGCUGAGCUGCGCGCAGAGUUAUGUACACAGCCAUGCCUGACGUUGGAUGCUCCUUUGUCAAAGUGAGGAAUAAGUGACUGCCUAGAGCUGCUGGAGGAAAGCCACCCUUUCUAAAGAGGGUUAUCCAGAGUGUCUUUCAUUCAGGGGCCUGAUUGAUAGAAGGGUUCUGUUUUUGUACAAAUUGAGUACACUUUCUCAGAAAUAUACAGAAACUGCUCUGAGUGCCCACUGCUCUGGGAGUGUUCUAGAAGAACUCCCAGUCUUGCACCUGGACAAUUUCUGUGCUUAAGCAGGUGGGAGGGGGACAGAGUCUCCUCUCCCUGAAGGGCAGACGCCCCUUUUUCUCACACAGAAUGUGAUGGUGGGCUCUUUUAUUGUGUUCCCUUUAAAAAGUAUAGCUCUUGUCGGUGGUAGCUUCAGCAUUUCCUUGUCUUUGGGGUUGGUGUGAAUCUAGUCAGAGAGGGGGACAGAAGCUAAGUUUAUGUGGCACUUUUUGUAAGACAGAGCAUGCCAGUUGUCUCUAACAAGGAGUAUGGUGGAGGGGGCGCAAAUGGAGAUUAUGGGGUGAGGAGGAGUGCUAAGGCCAAUGCAGCACCCUGGGAGCCGCCUGGUUCUCGUGCGCUAGUGCAUGUGCUGCCCUUCCCUGCAGGCCACACCCACAGCGUGGGGAAGAUGGCAUGUCGGCACUACUGAGCCGUUAGUGAUGAAGGUGGGUCUCAUUGUCGUGUGCAUUCUUACCUAGUCCCCCUGGUGUCCUGAGGCACACAUUUUUAACAUACCUUUUUGGGUUUGAGGGAGAAAUCCGUGAAAAUUUUACUUUCUUUGCACUAAACUCUGGCUCAUGCAGAGAUUGGUCCUGUGAUCAUAGCUCAUUAAGACCUCCAUAGUUCAGGUAGACUCUUUUCUUCAUGGCAUGUUGCUUGACAGCUCUCCUCUUUACUUGUGAUUAAAACUAAUUUAUAUAUACAACUUGACAUUUUAAAUAUCUCUAUGAUGUAAAGGUAGGUGACUGCUGCCAUUUUAUGGAGACAAGAGCAGUCACAGUUUAGUGACUUGCUCAAAAAUCACAUAAUCUAGCCAGGAUUAAAAUCCCAGACGUGCUCUGCCUUGGGUUAUAAUCUCUUGUUUUUCAU